UAUAUGUUUGUCUUCUGCAAAACUCCAUCAAUGGCGAUAUCAACAGCAUUUUUCUUAUGCAUUAACUCCAUUGAAGCACCAUGUCUUCUAUUAUACAUACCUCAAGGCAUUCAAUCUCGGUGAUUGGACAGUGAUUGCAAAAGAUCGAGAUUGUAUCGUGAAAGGAGUGUAUGAAUGUGUAUCUAACGGCCGGUGCAUUUUGAAUCAACGUUGAGAUUUGCUAAGAAACGAUAUGCUCGAUGAAGAGGAACAAGAAGAAGGUGGUCAAUGUUGUGACGGUGGAUUUUGAAGCAUAGUUACAGUUUUUUUUUUUUUAUCAAAAGCAUAGUUAUAGUUAAAAUAAUAUAUUAAACUUUAAAUGGGUAUUUGGCUCAAUACAUUUUUGCUUUUAAGUUUUCUUUGUUAUUUCGAAUUGAUUCGCGUUGGUUCAUAAUAUUUUUUUUGGUCACGGUACGUUGGUUCAUAACAUAUGUUUCCGAAAAUGGCUUAACAUGACCCACACUAUUUCUAAAUAGGAGAGAAGCCCUUAAGAGACCAGUAUUUUUCAUAAUUUUGCUUGAUUCAAGGUUUUAACUGAAUGUUAGCUCUCGUUUUGAUUAAAGCAAUUAAAUAAUUUGGCGAUAUCUAGAAGACAAAUCUAACGGUGCUUGAACACAAAUAAAUAGGGGACAGAACUUGGGUUCACCCCCUAGGGUGAACCUUUAAAUUCACCCCAUCAUUUAUUACCAAUCAAUUUUCCACAUAAACUAUUAAUUAAAAAAUAUUAAAUUAAACAAUAAAUAGCUACAAAAAAUAAAAACGCUAAUUUUAACGAUAUUAACGCUUCCAGCGAAACCCUAAACCUUAAAUUUUAAAUUCUAAACCCUAUACCCUAAAUUCUAAACCCGAAUCCAAACCCCUAAACCCAAACCCUAUACCCUAAACCCUAAUCCUAGACCCUAAGCCCAAAUUAUAUAUCCUAAUCUUAGACCCUAAACCCAAACCCUAUACCCUAAACCCUAAUCCUUGACCCUAAACCCAAAUUAUAUACCUUAAACCCAAAAAAUAGACUAUAAACCUAAACCCUAUAUCCUAAACCCAAGUCUUAGAUCCUAAACCUAAACCGUAAACCUUAACCCAAACCGUAUAGAAUCUAAGUUUUGGGUUUGGGUUUAGGGUUUACCCUUUGGGGUUUAGGUCUAGGAUUUGGGUUUAGGGUAUAGAUUUUGGGUUUACGAUUUACGGUUUGGGUUUAGGAUUUACCGUUUGGACUUAUGGUUAAAGUUUUGGGUUUAGGGUAUAUAAUUUGGGUUUAAGGUUUACGGUUUGGGUUUAGGGUCUAGGACUUGGGUUUAGGAUAUAGAGUUUAGGUUUAUAGUCUAGUGUUUGGGUUUAGGGUAUAUAAUUUGGGUUUAGGGUCUAUGAUUAGGGUUUAGGGUAUAGAGUGUGGGUUUAGGAGUUUGGAUUUGAGUUUAGAAUUUAAAGUAUAGUGUUUAGAAUUUAAGAUUUAGGGUUUCGCUGGAAGCGUUAGCGUUUAAAAUUAGCGUUUUUAUUUUUUUGUAGCUAUUUAUUGUUUAAUUUAAUAUUUUUUAAUUAAUAAUUUAUGUGGAAAAUUGAUUGGUUCUAAAAGGUGGAGUGAAUUUAAAGGUUCACUCUAGGGGGUGAACCCAAGUUUUGUCCUAAAUUGUGUGUUCAAUAAUGAAUUUUAAUUUAUUUUUUAUUCACAGUUGACUUUUUAUUCCUACAACAAAAAAAUAAAUUAUAAAAACAAGCCAAAUUGGGUUUAAAUUUGCAUGGUUCUAGUGAUUAACCGAACCCAAUGAAAAUUUAUGAGAUGCGAAUUGAUUUUAGAGUCAAAACCAAUCCAGUAUAUAUAUUGCCUUUCCUCAAAAGCCACAACGACGAGCUUUUAAAUUGGCAUGGUUCUAGUAACUUAACCGAACCGAAUCUUGAAUUUUAAUGAGACACGAGUUGGUUAUACAGUUAAACCGAGUUCGUUAUAAUUGCCUUCCCUCCAUAAAACAGAGCAAAACCUAACGAUAAAAGAAAAAAAACCUUUCAAGAAAAAUCCUCAGUCUCCAUCGUCGUCGUCGUCUUCCUCUCCCAGAGAUGGCUGGCGAUCUCUUCCGCCGUAACAGACCUUUCCAUCUCCUCGAUGGUUUCUACACCGAAUGGUCCGAACACCUAACCACGCGCUGCAUCCCUCUCUUCCGAGAUUCUCCUCCUUCCGCCGUCACUAACGGCGCCGUCUUCAACGACUUAAUCUCAUACUACGACACUAUAGACCACUACGCGAACAGAGACACCAUCUUCUACUUCCUCUUCCCCUCGUGGCACGUAAACUCGCUCGAGACCUCGAUCCUCUUCCUCGGCGACGUCCACCCUCAUCUUUUCGUCAGUCUCAUCCAAUCUUUGAGAGAUCCGAAUCGCAUCCACUUACGUCUUGCCCCGUGGAGAGACUUAGCGUUUCCGGUGAACCACUUCGUCGAUGACGUCAAGAACGAUGUUAACAAGAGUGUCUCUCAUCUGCUGAGUAAGGUGAGGCAAGCGCAGGAGGGUUACAUACAAGGCUUCUCGGAUAACUGGGUCUCGAGGUUUCAUUCUCAGCGUGGGAGACAGAGCGUGACGGUUAUGGAGACAGCGGCUUCAGUGACGUUGGGUGAGGAGUUUGUGAGAAUCUUCCGUGAAGCGAAUCAGCUGAGGAAGAUUACGAUCUUCAACAUUGUUAAUUUAUCAGACACGAAUCAAGCGGCUCUCUUUCUUGAAGGCGUAUGCGAGUUUCUUGCAGGGUUUAGACAUCAGCUUGCACAUGUACCGGCUCAGUUUUUUCCUAACCAGGUUGCACCACAGUAUCCACUUGCUUAUCAGCAAAUGAUGCAGCAGCAGCCUGAAGUGUUACACGAUAUAUGCGUUUGGAACAUAGACCGGAAUGUCACGCGUGAUAUGCUACGAGAGAUGUUCAGACGUUAUCCUUCGGUUUGGGAGGUGCAGAUUGUGAAUGACCCUGGACGUGGCCAAAAACAUGGGUUUGUUAGCUUUGCAGAUGAAAGUGAGAAAUGGCGUGCUAUUCAGGAAAUGAACGGUGCUAUGCUUUUAAAAAAGCCAAUGCAUCUUCGUAGUGAAGCUCACCGCAAUAUCUAGCCUCACUUUCCUUCACUAUAUACUUGAGGUUGAUACUAAUUAAAGCGGUCAAUUUCUAGAGUCAGUCUCUUUGUUUUUUGUAAAGGAUUUACUUCUCUCUUAUGCCUUAAUCUGUAAACUGAACCAGAAGAUUCUAUACGAAGUGAGGAUUUGUUUCAGUUACCAUUUUAGACAGAAUCUCCUUCAUAUGGGCUCAGGGUAACUUUGUGGAAUAAAUUAUGAUAGAGAGUGAUUUUAGUAAAGCUUAAUAAUAUGGAAAAAAAUAAUCAGUUAAAGAUACAGAAAACUAAAAGAUGAUUAACAAAGAUUAUAUGAUUGGUAUAAGAAAAUUAGAAACAAGAUUGCAAGCAUAGAAUGAAGAUUUGGGCCUUUAAUUUUUACUAGGUGAAACCCGCGCCAUGCGCGGAAUGAGUAGAUUUAAAUAGUUUAUCACUUUAAAUAUAUAGGUAUUUGAGAGUUAAAAGUCAUAGAAAGAAAUAUUACAUUUUAUAGAAUAAGGGGUUUAACCGAAAUUGUGUAUGUCUUUAUAAAUUAAGCUUCGAUUUUUAAGAAAAACUUGUGUGUUUGUUUUGUUAACUUGAAGCAUAGUUCAUAGAAGUGAAUCCCUAAGAGUAAG